UCCGGCGCCUGGCCGGGAUGCGGCUGUUGGGCUACGGGUUGAGGCUGCUCGAAGCUGGGUCUGGUUCUCGGGCUGUCACCCGGCUCCCUUUGGGCGCCGACAUGCCUAAGAAAGGUGGUGCGACGAACAAGGGUAAAAACCAGAGCAAGGAACCAGAGAGACCACUCCCUCCCUUAGGUCCUGUGACAGUUGAUCCUAAAGGCGGUGUCAGCAUAGCCAUCCAUGCCAAACCUGGUUCCAAACAAAAUGCUGUGACAGACGUGACAGCCGAGGCUGUGAGUGUAGCCAUUGCAGCGCCUCCGACAGAGGGAGAGGCUAACGCGGAGCUGUGUCGCUAUCUUUCCAAAGUCUUAGAACUCAGGAAGAGUGAUGUGGUUUUGGAUAAGGGUGGUAAAUCUCGUGAAAAAGUGGUGAAGCUUUUGGCCUCCACACCUCCGGAAGAGAUCUUGGAGAAAUUGAAAAAGCAAGUUGAAAAGAAAUAAAAGCAAGAAACGAAAAAUACGUCCUUGAGAAAAUUUUUUUUAUUGCUAAUGAUGGAGAGACUGUUAAAAUACACUUAAAUACAUAGAAUGUGUAAAUAUAUUUAAUAAGACCAGGACUCAAAAAAGAAGUAUGAAGAUUAAAAGUACUGGACAUGGAACUUAGGUUCUCAAAUUCCUGAUCCCAGACAGCUCGGGACAUGUUACUCUGUUUUCACAGAAUUACAGAGUACAGAACUGGAAAGGAUAUUUAGGAUGACCUGAUUUAGCCCCUUUCAUCUUGUGAUGAGGCUUCUGACUUCAGAAGUUAAGAGUAUUCAGGAUCACUUGGUGCAAGCUGGCAACUAGAACUUAGAUCCUUUGGCUUCUAGCUGAAUGCAGUUUAUCCUGGUUGUAAAUUAAAAUGGUAAUAUUUCCAUAGCAAUUACUGGAAUUCUGGGGACUGCCUUCUAAUCCAGUUUAAAAGUGACGGAGGAAACCUGUCACACUGCUUCAUAGUGUCACUUUAUAUUUUAAAAUGCUUAUGUAAAUGGCUUCCCUGGUAUCUUAGCUGGUCAAGAAUCCACCUACAAUGCAGGAGACCCUGGUUCGAUUCCUGGGUCAGGAAGAUCCACUGGAGAAGGGAUAGGCUACCCACUCCAGUAUUCUUGGGCUUCCCUGGUGGCUCAGCUGGUAAAGAAGCCACCUGCAAUGCAGGAGACCUGGGUUCAAUCCCUGGGUUGGGAAGAUACCCUGGAGAAGGGAACAGCUACCCACUCCAGUACUCUUGCCUGGAAAAUCCCAUGGACGGAGGAGCCUGGUAGGCUGCAGUCCAUGGGGUUGCUAAGAGUCAGACACGACUGAGCGACUUCACUUUGACUUUUCCCUUUCAUGCAUUGGAGAAGGAAAUGGCAACCCACUCCAGUGUUCUUGCCUGAAGAAUCCCAGGGAUGGGGGAUCCUGGUUGGCUGCUGUCUCUGGGAUCGCACAGAGUCGGACACAACUGAAGCGACUUAGCAGUAGUAGCAGCAGCAGCAACCCACUCCAAUAUUCCGGUCUAGAGAAUUCCAUGGACUGUGUAGUCCAUGGGGUCACAAAGAGUCAAACACUUUUGAGCAACUUUCACUUUAAUGUAAAUGCAACAUUUUUUUGUCUUUUUAAAAUUCUGUUGAGCAUUUUGUUAAAAAGAACAAUCAAGACUUGGAAUUUAGAGAGUUCCCUGGCAGUCCAGUGGUUAGGACUCAGCACUUUCACUGCCACGGCCCAGGCUCAAUCCCUGGUCAGGAAACUCAGAUCUCAUGAGCAGAACACUACCAAGCAAAAAAAAAGAAGAUUUGUAAUUUCACGUUAAUUUUCCUCUUGGAUGGUAACUCCAGUCAUCAAAUCUAUUGUCCUUAUGAAUCUCCUAAGAUCUUCAAAAGAAGACAGAAGAUCUGGAAACUAUUUUCAAUACUGGUGAAAGCCUGUCCUGUCAGAAGUCAUAUCUAUAUUGAGGCUUCAAAAACUAAUAAUAUCUUGUUUUUAAAUAUUCAAUACAAACUAUAGUAAUUAAGGUAAUCUAGAUAAGUACUAAAUUUGCUGAUGGAAGAGUUGAUUUGCAAUUGUCUGCUUUGUCCAAAUCCACUAAAAGGACCAAUAAUAAAAAUGAUGGAUGGUAAAAGAACUGGGAGCCACUCGUCCAGGACAACUUAUUUUGUUGAGAGGAACCAAGGACAGUCAGUGCGGUGGCUCAUCCGAAAUCAGAGUAAAGGACAGAGCGCAGGUUGCACUCAGCUGCCUUCUCUUAUGCCGUCUGCCCCCAGAUGUGCUCUGCUUUACGUGGUCUUGGCUUCAGAAUCCUUUCUGUUCUUUUUCAACACUGUUUUGGUGUGUGCA